CAAUAUGGCUGCGCCCAGUUCAGUAGAAAGAACUGGAGUUGUGAAAGAUAGUGUAACAGGAGAGUUAUUUUUACCAGAAAGUAGGAGAGCUGAUGGUUCCAUACGUAAAGCAAGAAAAGUCAAAGCCGGUUACGUGCCUCCAGAAGAAGUCCCAGUGUAUCAAAAUGAAAGUGUCAAAUGGAUGAAAAGUCGUGCAGGGGUACCUAUAGGGUUAAGUCCAGAUCUGGUAGAUAAGGCUAAGUCAGCCAAAGAAUCGGCUUCUAGAGGUCAUGUAAUGACCAAUCAAGAAGCCAGAAGUAAACAGAAACAAGCAGCAGUUGAAGCAGGGCAGCAGAAAAAAGGCGUUAAUAAUCGUAAAGGUGGCAAGAAGGUCGUAGAUGAAGCAGAUGGGGUUGACGAUUUGUUAGCAUCUGUUUACGGCAUCAAAGUUGCAGAUGAUUCGUCCAAGAAAGGUGGAAAAGCAAAAAAAUUACCAAAAGGAGGUGAUAGUGGUCUAGCUGUACAAGAUGCAGAUCCAGCGAAAAAAUUGAAAAAUUUACAAAAAAAAUUGAAAUCUACUGAAAAGUUAGAGGAAAAGAUUAAGAGUGGAGAAUUAAAGCAACCAGCACAACAAGAACUGGAUAAAGUGGCCAGACGAUCAGAAUUGGAAAAAGAAAUUAAGGACUUACAACAAAAACUAGAAAAAUCGUGAAAUCUCUUCUCAUCCCUUUUUCAAAAACAUUAUUUUCUGAAUAUACCCAAAAUCUUUUAGAACUUAAAGAUGGGUUCCCUUAUUUUCAUUUACAAAAAUGAAAAUGCUAAUACUUAUACGAAUAGAAAGUAGAAGUGUUCUAACGACUUGGAAAAAAAGCAGUUUGUCUAUAAAUA